UCUUGGGCUGGUGACGGGGGAGGGAGUGGUUCGGCCUGGAGGUGUUGGUUGUUUGUCGGUGGUUAUUAUUCGUUUUUUUUUUUUUUUUUUUUUUUUUUUCGUCCUUUUUUUUUUUUUUUGACGAAAAGCCCGGCGCCAGGGGCAAAAGCUAAGAUCCUCAGCAGGCAGGGCGACGGACGACAGGGACGAGAGCAGGACUAGACAGGCAUUGCCGCCGGGAGAGACAGCGAGGGUCGAGGGAGGGCGGUUGGUGGUGAAGAUGGAGGGAGAAGCAGCCAGGAAGAAGUAAAAAAAAAAAGGCGACGCGGUGGAUCUCGGGGGUUAUUUUUGGCUGUAGAUCAAAAGUCAGGAAUACGACAGAGAUUCAGAUCGAGCGGGCGAGGCAGUCGACGGCGGAUACGAGGUUGCUGCGGUUCGUUUGUUGCGAGCAGAGAAGAUGCAGUUGAGAAGUUGAAGUUGAGAAGUUGAAGUUGAGAAGUUGAAGUUGAGAAGUUGAAGUUGAGAAGUUGAAGUUGAAGUCUUGAUAAAACAACUAUUUUGAUAGCAACAACGACGAGAGCGACAAAGUCACUAACAACUAACUAGCAAGCCUGCAGAAACAAUAAGACGGCCGCUAUAACUGACUACUAGCCGGUGCCCCUGUUGCUGCUGCUACGACUGACUCGAUGUUCCUCUCACGCUUCAGGAGCGACGACGAGGAGGAGGCCGAAGACCUCCUGGCCAGCUUCCUGCCCGUCCUCUUCCCGGACUCGACGACCACCUGCGUCGGCCAGCCAGGCCAGCAGCUCGUCUACUCGUCGCCGGCCUUUGGCGAGCUCGCCCUGACGAUUCCAGUCCAUCCGCGGGACCAGGGAAAGGCAGCAGAGGCAGCAGAGGCGGCGGCGGACGGGCAGGAGAGGGCGCCGCUGGGGGAGGGCGUCGACCGGGCCUGCAUGCUGUUUGCGCACUUCCUCUGGGGCUCGAGCCUGCUGGUGACCGACGGCAUCGAGAGGGCGUCUUCAUCUUCUACUUCUUCUUCUAUUAAUUCCCCCUUUGAAGCUGCGGCUGAUGGUUCAGUAUGGAGCGUGAAGGGUCAUGAUAUCCUCGAACUUGGUGCAGGUGCCGCCCUGUCCUCCAUCGUCAGCGUGCUCGCCGGCGCAGAGUCCGUCACCGUCACCGACCACCCCCUCGCCCCAGGCCUGUACGGCUCGAUACAGGCCAACAUCGACAGGAAUAUACCCAAACACCUCGCCCACCGCAUCUCCGUCCAGCCGUACCAGUGGGGGGUCCUCGACCAGGGCGGCAGCGUCGACGAGGAGGAGCUCGAGACCGCGUAUCUCGACCAGAUGGCGGGCUUCGCGGCCGCCAACCGAGCUCGGUUUAGCCGCAUCAUCUGCGCAGACUGUCUGUGGAUGCCCUCCCAGCACGAGAACCUGAUCCAGACCCUGCUCUGGUUCCUCGCUCCCUCGUCAGGCUCGCCUGCAGGCAUCGCAUGGGUCGUGGCAGGUUUGCACACCGGCCGACACAUCGUAGCCUCCUUCUUUCAAAAGGCCGUCUCCGCCGGUCUGAAGAUCGAGAAGAUAUGGGAGCGAGACAUGAAUUCGACCGAGGGAGAGACGACGAGGGAGUGGAAGCCCGUUCGAGAGGACGAAGGGCCGGAGAACAGAGCUCGAUGGUGCAUCGUGGGCUUGCUCAGCAGGUAGUUUUGUUACCACACUCCCAUACAUAGCAGCUACUUCAUAUAAAAUAGAAAAGCAACUCCUCCUUUUUGUUUA